AUGGCCGAGAAAAUGAACCACGUGCUCGCUCCCGAGUACACCCAGCCAGCCCCCUACACCCAAGACCAAAUCCCAAUGCACGCCCAACAGCCGCAGCAAUUCUACCAACCCCAAGCAGCGUACGCCCACCCAAGCGGCUACGCCAACGCCACGCCCCUGCAGUCGAUCCAGAAGGCUCCGACUCCCGUGGACUGCCCAACAUGUGGCCAGCGGGAGAUGACCAGGACGGAGGCCGUGACGGGCAAGACGACCCAUGGCUGGGCAGCUGUCCUCUGCUGCUGCGCUUGUAUCGGCUGUCUCCCCUACUUGAUGUCCUCGCUCAAGGACGUCAACCACUUUUGUGGCAAGUGUGGUGUGAUGCUGGCGACGUGGCACAACAGUGGCCGUGUUGAGGUGAUCCAGGCCCAGUCUGGAUGA